AUGUUUAGGGUUUGUCAGAAGCUUAAAACCCUUAAGCCUAUCCUAAGAGAUCUGAACAAAAAAGAGUAUAGUGAGAUUUCCAUCCGUGUUGGUGCUGCUAAGGAUCAACUUCUUAAUUCUCAAAUUAAGCUUGAUAAAGAUCCGAUGAAUCUCCAUUUUCAGGAAAUGGAAAGGGCUGCUUACAUUAAAUAUGUUGAUCUCAGUAAAGCUGAGGAAAGUCUUGCCCAUCAAAAAUCUCGUGUCCAUUGGCUUGGUUUAGGGGACAGGAAUUCAAAGUCGUUGAGUGGGAGAUUUGAGGGGAAUGUGAAUAAGGGGCGUAUUCAUAGUGUUGUGCUCCCGAAUGGGGAGAGGGUGACUAAUAGUGCUGAGAUCCAUAACUCUUUUGUGGACUACUUCACAAAUUUGUUCGGUAAGCCGUUUGUUGACAAUUAUAAUGGGUCUGAGAGGAUUAAUGGUCUUAUCACCAAUAGAGUUUCUGACACUCAGUAUCAUAGUCUUGCUAGGGAUGUUACUGAAAAAGAAAUCAUUGAUGCUUUCAGGUCUCUAAAACCCAACAAAGCCCCCGGCCCUGAUGGCUAUUCUGCGGGUUUUUUUCUGAAAACCUGGGACAUUGUGGGGAGAGAGGUUGUCCAAGCCAUCAAAUCUUUUUUCUCAUCGGGAGAGCUUCUUCGGGAAAUAAAUAGCACCUCCAUUGCUCUUAUCCCGAAGAUCCCAAAUGCUGAAAAAGUGGGGGAUUUUAGACCCAUUUCUUGCUGUAAUACUUUGUACAAGUGUAUUUCUAAGAUCAUUGCUGAUAGGAUCAAAUCUGUUCUGAAUGAUCUUAUUGACCCUGUGCAAUCAGCUUUUGUCCCCGGUAGGAGAAUUGCUGACAAUAUCUUCCUUUCACAGGAACUUAUGAGGGGGUAUCAUAAAUUUUCUCAGUCUCCCAGGUGUGCUAUGAAAGUGGACAUCAUGAAAGCAUAUGAUAAUGUAAGAUGGGAGUUUGUUCUUGAUAUCCUAAAUGCUAUGGGUUUCCCCCCUAACAUGGUUCUUUGGGUCAAAGCUUGCAUGACUAGUCCCACCUAUUCCAUUUGCAUUAAUGGGAGUUUGCAUGUUUAUUUUAGGGGGGAGAGAGGUUUGAGACAAGGUGACCCUAUGUCCCCUUACCUCUUUGUUUUAGUUAUGGAAAUUCUCUCUAGAAUUUUGGCUGAGAAGGCUUCGCAUCCUACAUUUAAAUUCCAUUGGAGAUGUGAUCAACCUAAGAUAGUUAACUUGUGCUUUGCAGAUGAUUUAAUGAUAUUCUGUAAGGGGGAUGUGUUCACUAUUCGGUCCAUUAAGCUGGGGUUAGAAGAAUUUAAGAGCCUGUCUGGGUUGUCACCUAGCCCUGCUAAGAGUCAUAUAUUCUUUUCUGGUUGUGAUAAUGAGUUGAGGGAUGAGAUUCUUGGGGUUUGUCAAUUCAGUGAAGGCAAGUUGCCUGUGAGAUACCUGGGGGUCCCUUUAGUUUCCACGAAACUUAAAGCCUCUGAUUGUGAUCAACUUGUGGAUCGGGUAACUAAAAGGAUUAAGAGCUGGACAAAUAAGUGUCUUACUUAUGCUGGCCGUGCUCAACUGAUCCAAUCUGUUUUGUUUUCGAUGCAAGUGUACUGGACCUCUCUAUUCAUUCUCCCAAAGAAGGUCACUCGGUCUAUCGAGCGUCUUUUUAGGGCUUUUUUUUUGUCGGGUUGUGAGAUGAAAACUCAUGGGGCUAAGGUUUCUUGGGAUAGAAUUUGCUCUCCCAGGAAGGAAGGGGGUCUGGGGUUUAAGUCCAUCUCUGUGUGGAAUAAAGCUGCUAUUGCGAAACAUGUUUGGUUCCUCCUCUCUGGGGGUGAGCAAUCUAUGUGGUGUAGCUGGGUUAAGUCUUAUCUCCUCAAAGGUAGGAGUUUUUGGAGGGUUAGGGUGCCAAAUGACCCCUCUUGGGUCUGGCGGAAAGUUCUCUCCCUAAGGCCUAUAAUUUACCCCUUAAUCAAGUAUAAGGUGGGAGAUGGAUCUGGAGUUUUCUUAUGGUUUGACAAUUGGCAUCCUAUGGGUUCUAUUUGGGAUAAGUUUGGGAGGCGUAUUGUGUACGACACCGCCUUAAGCAUAGAUGCUAAGGUGAGUCAGAUUGUGGAGGGAAAUUCUUGGAGAUGGCCAUUUCCUUCUUCUUGGGAGAUUAUGGAUCUCAUUAACAAAACUCCUUCAAAUCUCCUCCCUACUGGUGGCCAUGAUAGUGUUAGUUGGUGUCCUGCUCAUGAUGGGAACUUCACCAUCCAAUCCACUUGGAAUGCGUUACGAACUCACUAUGACCAUGUGAAUUGGUCACAUUUAAUUUGGGGCCCUCACAAUAUCCCUAAAGUGAGUUUUGUGGUUUGGAUGGCGAUCCUUGGCCGUCUUAACACUGGGGACAGGUUGCAUCUUUUUGGUGUGACGCAAUCUGCUGUGUGUGCAUUUUGUCAGUACCAUCAUGAAGACCACAAUCACCUUUUUUUUGAAUGUCCAUUUUCGGAAAAAGUGUGGUCUUGUAUUAAAGGUAAAAUAAAUGUUGAUUGGCCAUCCCUCCUUUGGGAUGAUUUGGUCCAGAUUAUUGCUAAAUCUGUGAAAGGGAAAUCCCUGGGGGCUAUUAUUACCAAGCUUGCCUUUACUUGUACUGUGUACCAGUUAUGGAUUGCUAUGAAUAAUAGAGUGUUUAGUAAAGAUAUGGUCCCUGAAGAGGUUGUUAUUAAGUGUAUUGUGGAUAUGGUUAGGUUCAGGGUAAUGCAUAUAACCAAUUUGAAGACUAACCAUAAUGACAACUGGUUAGCAAAUAAAUUGUGGGGUUUCCUAAUGUUUGCUAUUCAUAUAGGUGCUUGGAGUCCUGGAAAACUGAUGGAUGAGUGUAUAUGGAGUUGUUUCGCGAGUGAUGUGAGCAUAGAUACUUGUGGGUUGAGUGUAGUGAGCAAUUAUAUGUGUGAUGUUAACUGCUUCAGAUUUCUGAGUUUUGCAAAGUACUCUAUUGUUGGUUACUUAAUUCUGUUUGGUCCUUGCUGCAUUACAGCGUCUACUAUAAUGUGUAGAAUCUGUCCGGGUCACAUGUGCUGUCUUGUUCUUCCUGUGUUGCUGGCUGGAUUUGCCUGUGUUGAAGGCUGUCUGCUUGUGUUGAUGGCUGGAUCUGCCUGUGUUGAUGGGUGGGUCUGCCUAUCUUGUUCUUUUCAGUUCAGUGUGUCUCGUGGCUUGAAGCUGGACCUACCUGUGUUGAUGGCUGCUAUAUGCGCCUCGUGUGUGAAGUUUGAUUUUCUAUUAUGUUUGUUUACAUUAGAAUCUGUUGGUGUUUUGCCUACCCGUGUGGGAUAUCUCUCUGGAUGUGAGUUGGAUAACCUAGUUGUGGUUGCACAAAAUAGUGAGAAGCAAUGGAGUGGGGCUACGGCGUCAUCCAUCCAAGACCUUUCUGACCGUCUUUCGGCUAUCAAGGCCAGAUUGGCGAUGGACGAAGACCGUCCUACUGUUGGAUCUACGAUGCCAGUGUUGUUAACCCCGGUGUCCACUAACUGGUCCGAUAGGGUUGAAGGAGAAAGGCGAUCAAAGCUGUUGGACCUGCCUGAUAGUGUGGAGAUUACUAAAAAUCGGGGUAUUGCUCAUGGAGUAACUGUGGAUGUGGUGGAUCACUCUUCGCCACCGGUUGCAAAGGAAAAAGGGGAUCUGGUCAUGGAGGACCAAGAUCUGGGUGUUGAUGAAUCUGAUACACAUGGCAGCCCUAGAUGUGACACCCCUGUUCCGUAG